GUCAGUUCAUUGAGUCACUGAACAGUUUCUGUGCGAAUAUUUGAGAGUACAUUAAGUGAUUUUCCAAUAUGUAGAGGACUUUUUAGGAUACAAACCAUGGGAUGCGGAUCCUCCGUGGAACUAUUCGAUAAAUCAGUCUACACCUCCCUCCCAGGAACACCACAACCAGAACGCCGGACAGACCGGAACAAGAAUGCCAUAGAGGAUGACAAGACUCUCCGGGGUGACGUCAUCCAGAAACAAUACGCCAGAAAAACCCGGGAGGAGAAGCUGAAAAUGAUGGACAGGCGGCGGUCGUCUGCUGCCAAGGAAAUUUCUGAUCGUGCCAUGGAAGACCGUGAGAGGUUGUCCCUGUCCAGCCGCUACGGGUCUCGAGCGACAUCACGGACAACGUCCCGGACGGGCUCGCCAUCUAUGAGAGUGACCCCUUUAGCAAUGGCCAACGGUAUUAUGACACCACAGCGAGAUGAAGUGAGGUCUGCUGGUCGGACCAAGAAGCUGAGCGAUCUGAAUGAGGCCACAUCUGAUAGCAUAGAACUGAGAGGAGGGUCCAAGCAAGCAGAUCUGAAGGGUGGAACCGAGGAAGUCACAACCGGAGAAAGAACACCUGACAGCUUGUCUGAACGGGAUGACAAGGAAAAUAGACUUGACGGGAGAGGUGUUGGUGUGGAGUCAGCUGGGGCCAGAAAGGGGAAGGGAAAGAAAUGGAGCGGAAAGAAAGGGAACAGAGGAUCUGUGGAUGAUGGCGAGAACGUGAAACAGGAGGAGAGGAAGACAGGGGAAACGGGGGAGGAACGGACGGUCGGGAGAAUAGCGGCGGGAAGUGGUGACGGUUCAGACGAUAAUGCUAUAGUGAACCACCCACACGUUGUUGAUGCUGACACGGACAGGGCUUGCGAAAGCUUUCGAGGCAGCAACGUUGUGACUGUGACAAACCAAGAUGGCGAUAGUUUAGAAGAGGGAAAGCUAGAUGGUGCGACAAAACAAGAAGAAACAAACAAUUUUGACAAUAAUGAUAAAAUAGAUGAAAAAUCGGUACAAAACAAACGUAAAAGCGAAAGAAAGAAACGGAAAGCACGGAAUGUGGAUGGUGAAUGUAAAAAUUUAGACAGUGUGAUGAAAGGAACAUACGAUCAAAAGCAAGCAGACGAUGUUGUUACUGCUGGAAAUCCAGAAUUGACAUCUAAUGUGGACGAGCAGAGGGCAAAAUCCUUUAUAAAACCAGAAAUUCGUGUGUCGGAUGGUGAAAUAUUUAACUUUAACAAUAAUGCUACAGACUUGUCCACUGGCGACCUUGGUAGUGACCUUGACAUCAAGGCAGGGAGUGACCUUGACCUUAUGGCUCCGUCCCUCCCGAGUUUUUCAGCCAAGGCCAGUGGUGCGAAGAAAGGAAAACCAUUGAAGAAAAAACGAUCUUCGAAACGGGAAAAGAGAAGCGGGGAGAGGGUUGGGGAACUUGGGGUUAGAGAUCGAUGAUAGCGCGCCAUAGCGUCUUGGACACCGUUCAUUGAGAUAAAAGAAAUAAAUCGCUUAGAAAUGUGCUCUGUAAAUAUAACUGAAUUGUGAACCAAAAUCGAGAAAGUGUGAAUAUAUGCAUAUUGAUAUCUUAAUACGUGUAUCCACUCUUU